AUGAUAGAUGAGGGUCAUCGAGUGACCUCUUGGCCUUUUGUUCCAGGCCUGGACGGGGCCGGAGUUGUUGAGCAAGUGGGAGAAGGGGUGCUCGAUUUUGCUGCUGGAGAUCGAGUUCUGGCCCUUUUUACCCCAGGUGACCGCUCGGGAUCAUAUCAGGAAUAUGCCGUGGUACAGGAAAAAGAUGUGGCUAAGAUUCCAGCACGAUGGUCGUUUGAAGAUGCAUCUACCCUAGGUGUCUGUUAUCUCACAGGGCUCAUGGCUCUCGGCAUUGGUUUACAAACUCCUCUUCCAUUCCUUAAAGGUGGCCCAACUUCAGGGCUGCAGCCUCUCUCCGUGCUUAUCCUCGGUGGCAGCUCUGCGGUUGGUGCAGCUACGAUUCAGCUGCUUCGUCUUGCGGUCCCCGAAUGUAAAAUUAUCGUGACCAGUUCGCCAAAGCAUCAUGCUCAUAUCAAGGAUUAUCUUGGGGCUGAUGAGGUAAUCGAUAGAGAUUCCGCUUCUUUAUCCUUGGAUGCAAAGUUGGCCACCCCAGGCUCGGGUGGUGUCGACGCUAUCAUUGAUGCCGUUGGCGCUGGUAGCAUGCAAAGAGAUAUCUUUGAAGCCCUUGACCCUGGUGGACCUAGGAUGUAUGCACAGGUAUGGACGGGACGGAAGCAAAUUGAUGCGCCAGAUGGUGUGAAUUCGAUUCUGUUCAGAGGUCGAGAUCUUCAUCGGCUGUCUGGAAAUCAGAAUAUAAUGAAAUCCUUGGAGCAGUUAUUGGUACAAGGAAAAUACAAACUACCACUGCCUGUGCACAAAGUGGGGCAUGGAUUUACUGCCCUCGAGAGGGGCCUCGAGCUAAUGCGCCGUGGUGUGAGCGGAGAGAAAUUGGUUGUUUCUAUCUAG